UACGGUUCACUAUUAGUGAGCCAGUACACUUCGCUGCGUGGAGCCGGAGCAGUGAGGAAGAUGCUACGCGGUGGCGUUUUACAAAUGCGUCGUUUUAAAGAAAAAUGCGGGGAAUUCGUUGUGUUUGCGCCAGAAAGAAUGUGAAACGACUAUGGGGCAAUCCGAAAGCGGCGAACAAGAGGUGGACAUGUCACAAAUUCAAGAACUGUAUGCGACUUUCAUGCAAGUAUGCCCCAGCGGCACUUUACAUUUGCAUGAGUUCAGGAAAAUCUUUGGGAUACAAAGUACGUCAGAAGAGGAAUCGUUGUACAUUGAGACGAUAUUCCGUUCAUUUGAUACCAACAGGGACAACGCGAUAGACUUCAUGGAGUACGUGGCUGCGCUGCACCUUGUACUACGGGGGAAACUGGAGGACCGACUACGGUGGUCUUUUAAAGUCUACGACAGAGACGGGAAUGGACGGUUAGACCGGAGUGAAGUAAAGCACAUUAUACGGAUCAUUUAUAAAAUAAAGCAGACAGACACCAACAUGACUCCAGCUGAAGUUUGCGACAGAAUCUUUGAACUUGUCGACAAAAAUAAGGAUGGUCAGAUUUCAUUGUCUGAGUUCAUGGAGGGUGCCCAGAAAGACCAGUGGCUCAUGGACCUGCUCAAACUGGAUGUGAAUGCCAGCGGCUGGUUCAUAAAAAACUGGAAAAAGAAAUCAUGAACCUCAAAAAAUGCUGCUCUCAAUUUAAAAGAUUUUUUACAGCCCCUCAUGUGGUGACUCCCUGAGGGAGACUUGUGAAGGAUGCUUUGGCAAGGGGCUCGGCAGAGCUUCCAUGCUGGAAUUGGCUGAUCCUUCCUGGAGUACAGGCCUCUCUGUGUGGUGACGGGUUUUUCCAUACCAUAAGUGUGUGGGUGUGGCUUGGAGGAAUUGUGGGUAAACAGAAUACUGAUGUGAUUUUGACAAUAGAAUGUCUUGCCAGCAGUACGUGUCACUACUCAGUCACUACUGAAUAGUCAAAUAUUUUGUGUAUGGUAAGAGGAUCCCUGAUACAACUUAAUCAUGAUCUAAUAAUAUUAUGUACAUUUUAUAAUGUUGAUUUUAUUUUAUGUUUUUGUUUUCAUUGAUAAGGCGGACAUUUUAGAAUAUAUUUUUGAUACGUAUCAUUAUUUGUUUAUUUAUUGUAUUUAUUUUCAGUGUCGCACAGCAUUUGGGCACGACGAAUAACAACCAGAUGAAAAUGGGCAAAAGAAAAUUGGAACUUUUUGCCAAAUUGAGCCUUUUUACCAAGAAACUUUAAAGACCUUUUGCUCACUACAGCAUGUCGGAAAUGAUUUUAAAUAUUCUUUAACGAAGAAGAAAAAUGCUAAUGGAUGCCUUGUAUGGGGACCAGAAAGGAUAGCUUGUUUGUGAUUCAUUUGAAGAGUUUGAACAACUCAACGAUCCACAGUUAGUGCUGAGUGACAAACAUGUCAGUAGUGAACUGCCAGUUGCGAUGAGUAGUUUCAAGCUGAGCAUUUUUUUAAAUAUUCAAAACCUGUAAAUUCUGUUACAGUAAUGAAUUCAUUUUGCUAACAUAUUAGAAUUAUUCAGUUUGGCCAGAAAUGUUAAAUGAUGAGUUUUUGUAUUGUCACUGCUGAAAAGUAGAAUAAUGGUUUCAUUAAGCAUACAGGCGAUUCAUUUUUAGCAGUGGAAGCCUUAAGGGCUGUCUACUGUAAUGGCAGAAUUCACACACAUAGUAACUGUGGACAUGCCACAGACUUGCACACUGCUUGUGAUUUCAUGACUCUAUGGAUAUUAUUUAUGUUC